CGUCCAUCAAAGAGAGAUAGAGGGGAAAUGGAGCAGAUGCUAUGUGAAGCAGCAAUCACUGGGAAUGUUAACUCGCUGCUCGGAAUCCUUCAACAAGACGCACUGAUUCUCCAUAGAGUUUCAGCGAAUUGCCUCAACUCGAGCCCUCUCCACCUCGCUGCAUCGCGGGGGAACGCCGAGUUCGUGAGACUGCUUCUGCAAACCAAUUCAGAGCUCGCCGGUGCUUUGGAUUCGCGGCAGAGGUCGCCGCUACACUUGGCGGCAGCCAAUGGGUUCCUCGACACAGUCCGAGAGCUGGUCAAUGUCAGCCCGGAGAUGUGCCGAUCUCGCGACCGGGACGGCGCGAAUCCGCUCCACCUGGCGGCGAUGAAGGGCAAGGUGGAGGUGUUGGAUGAAUUGGUUUGGAAGUGCCCGCAUGCCGCCCUAGCCAGGCUCGACGGCGGCGCCACUGUUUUGCACCUCUGCGUGAUGCAUGAUCAGUUGAAUGCUCUGGCCCUUUUGCUGCACAGAAUCACGUGCCUGCAGCUCGUCAACGCCAAGGAUGACAACGGCAACACAAUCCUGCAUCUAGCUGUCAUGUACAAACGAUUUGAGAUUGUUAGACACAUGGUUAAGGAGAGCAAAAUAGACGUCAAUGCAACAAAUUCAAGCGGACACACAGCAAUGGACAUUCUUUCUCUUGCAAAGAGUAGCGACAGAGGGCCAGACAAGUUGAUUCUCGACAUGGAAGAGUUCCUCACAGAAUCCAAAGCUAAGAAAGGCAAAAGCCUCGCACAGGAAGACUGGGUGACUAAGAAAAGGGAUGCUCUAAUGGUGGUGGCAUCACUGAUCGCCACAAUGGCUUUCCAAGCCGGGGUGAAUCCUCCAGGAGCGGUCUGGCAAGAAGAUAAUGAUAAACACCGAGCUGGUGAAGCAGUGAUGGCUUACAACUAUCCAGAUUCAUACCACUACUUCCUGCGGUCCAACACCAUAGGCUUCGUGGCAUCGUUGAGCACCAUCUUGUUGCUCAUCAGUGGCUUUCCAUUUAGGAGAAGGGCCUUUAUGUGGAUUCUGGUGGUGAUCAUGUGGCUGGCCAUUUCUGCUACGGCUUUCAGCUACGCGUUUGCCAACGUUGUGAUCACGCCCAAGAAGGAUCGGGGGUCGCUCAGUGACACCAUUCUUGUUGCAGUCAUCGUAUGGUGCAGUGUUAUGGGGCUUCUUCUACUCGUCCAUACGGGUCGCUUGAUAGCGACCAUUAUCCAAGAGAAACACAAUAUUAGAAGCAACGCUUUUGAUAGGAUUUUUAGGUUUCGGCUCGGAAGGAAAAACCAAACUCCAACAGAUCCCAACUUAGGUUAUGGGAACCAGUCCGUAAUGUUUAAACUUCCUGCUGAAGAUUGAACUUCAAUUUGAUAGGAUUUUUACGCAUCAAUUUUGUACGUACUCUCAUGGUUAGGAUGUACCCCCAACACAAAUAAAUGAAGGGUAAUUUUUCAAUA